CGAUGUUCUGUUAUCGGGCUAGACGUCCUUGUUGUUUUCCUACACGACUGAAUUUCCGCGCUCUCCCGCCACCGGGCCCCACCUCAGUGCGCCUGUCUUGACGCGCGCGCGCGCUCGCCCCCCAGAUCACCGCCGCUAUUGUCGCGGUAUACAGAUUUUCGAAUAUUUUGCCCACACGUAAAAUAAUAAUAAUAGUAAUAACAACGAAAAAUAUUAUAAACAAAUAGCGAUUAGCGAGCCGUUCAGUGAACAUACACAUAACGCCCUGACGUUAAAUUAAUAUUUGUCCAAUUCGUGUGCAGGACCCCUCCGCGCUAGGCAUGCCCGUCAAAGUGGAUAUAACGCCCAGACCUCCGGCAAACUCAAAACAACUAGGGGUCACCGGGUCUAUAUUGUACAGCGGAUCGAAAUUUCAAGGGUUUCAGAGGUCCAAAGGAAACAGCUACGAGGUGGAAGUUGUACUGCAGUAUGUUGACGAGCAAAACGGUUAUCUGUGCGGUUAUCUAAAAAUUAAAGGUCUUACUGAAGAGUUUCCCAAUUUGACCACUUAUUUUGAUGGAGAAAUCAUUAACAAAAAGUGUCCAUUUUUGACGAGAAAAUGGGAUGCAGACGAAGAAGUUGACAAGAAACAUUGGAACAAAUUUGCUGCGUUUUGUCAGUACGCUAAGACUUUCAAUUCUGAUGCAUUCGACUAUGAUGAACUAAAAAAUGCUGAUCAUGUAUUUAUGCGUUGGAAGGAGCAUUUUCUAGUACCCGAUCACACAAUACGUGAUAUUAGUGGUGCGUCAUUUGCUGGUUUCUAUUAUAUAUGUUUUCAGAAAUCAACUUCUUCAAUUGAAGGAUAUUACUAUCAUCGGAGUUCUGAAUGGUAUCAAACGUUAUGUUUGACACAUGUCCCAGAACAUAGUACUCAGAUCUACGAAUUUAGGUGAUUUGAAGAAUACCUACUCAUAAUACAAUGAAAAUAGUACAGGAGUACAUGAAAUUACCUCAAAGCUUUUAGUGUUGUCUAAAGCUUACUGUGAUUUUUUUAAGCAUUUUUCCUUUUUAAUAGGUAACUAAUUUAUUUUCUACCUAUGUAUUUUAAAUUAAUGGAUAUAACCUACUAAAUUAUGUUGUCUUUGUACAUUACAUAUUUUACAAUAAACAUUUUACUUGAAUGUUUUUAGUCUUGACAUUUAUCAGUAUGUUAAAAGUUAUAACCUUAUUUACAUGAAAUAAAUCAUACAAUAAAUUGUAACUGUUUAUGAUAUAUAACCAUGUCAAAACUGAUAGAUGUAUUAAAACAAUGAUAAAUGUGUGC